AUGGUUUUUGCCGGCAUCCAGCAUACUGCCUGUGUACAACGGAGUAUAAUUAAAUGGCUUCAAGUGAGUGUAUUCACAAAGCUGCGCAACCACCAACACAAUCAGCCGGAGAACAACUUCGUCAACCCAGAAAGAACCCUUGACCCCACUAGCAGGCACUGCCCAUCGGCCUUUUGUCCUCAGGCAGCCUUCGGCUCCUCCGCCCGGCCGUGUCAGGCGCCCGGACACAGUGGCUCCCACAGGGCACGGUGGAGACGCCGUACCGCCUCCCAGUGGCCGCUGCAGAUACGCUCCUUCCUCGCUGCGCUACGGCGCCCCCGUCCCCCCGCCCGCUCCGUACCCUCAAGGCCCAGCCCCCCCACACAGCACUGCGGCGCCGCAGCUCCCGGGACUCCACGCUCGGUCAGCCGGCUCGCCUGCAGCUCCUCCGGCGGGCGUCGCCACCCUCCGCACACACUACGGUGGGCCGGUCCGAGUCCGCCUCCUUCCCAGCGGUCCACGGCCGCCGCCGCCGCCCGGAACCAUAGAGCUGCCCCCCAAGAGGAGAGCAGGCCGGGAGAGAGCGGCUCUUCCGGGUCACACCUGCGCAAAGAGACCUCCGGGACUCUGUGGUCCGGGCUUCCUCUCGGGAAGGCGGAUCCGCCCCUGGCGGCGCGCCCGGCGCCCCGCCCCGACGCCGGCGCUGACGGAAGCACGCCGGGUGACCUCACCCGCCAACAUGGCGGCGGCGGUAGAUUAGGGCUGCGGGUCGGAGCCGCCACCGCCACCGCCACCGGGGGAUCCUGUACGGAGCAGCUGCCGCCGCCGCCGCGUUUUCACCUCUUUGGGGGCACGGGCCUGGACCAGUGUGGAGGAUUACUGUGACAACACGUGGAAAAGUGCUUCAGAAAUAGAGCUCUCGUGCAGAGGUUUUACACAUCUGUAAGUAGACCUU